AUGCGUUUCCUCCCCGCCGUCCUCACGGCUUUGGCCGCCCAGGGCGCCGUUGCCAGCUCCUGGUUCUCCAAGGCUGCCUACAACAAGUGGCACGAGACGGAGCUUGAGCGCUGGCUCUCCGACCACGAUAUUCCCUACCCUACCCCCGCCGACCGCAAGGACCUCGAGAAGUUGAUCGAGAACAACUGGAACGACUACGUCGUUUCUCCCUACAACUCGUGGGACGCCGACAGCCUCCAAAAGUACCUGAAGGCCAAGGGCAUCGAGACCGAGGCCUCCGCCAAGGCAAACAAGGACUCUCUGGUCUCCCAGGUCCAGAGCUCGUGGUACGAGACGGGUGACCAGGCUCAGAAUGCCUACCUCAGCGUCAAGGACUGGAUCUUGGACACUUGGACCGACAGCCAGCUCAAGGCCUUCUGCGACAAGCACGACAUUCCUGUUCCCCAGCCCCGCAAGCGUGACACCAUUCUCUCCAAGGCUCGCUCCAGCUACGACACUGUCGCCCAGAAGGUCGGCGAGUCUGCCUCUUACCCCGGAAACUGGCUGUACGAGACUUGGUCUGAGUCUGAUCUCAAGGAAUGGCUCGACACUCACGGCUUCCCUGCUCCCCAGGUCACCAGCCGUGACAAGCUGAUCGCCUCCGUCCGCCGCAACUCCCGUCUCGCCUACCUCAAGGCUCAGGAGCAAGCUGCCACCGCUUCCGCCAGCGCCCAGCAGGCCUAUGCCACCCUCACUGACAUGGUUAUUGACGCCUGGAGCGAGUCUCAGCUCAAGGAGUUUGCCGACAAGAACGGAAUACCUGUUCCCCAAGGUACCAAGACCAACGAGCUCCGUGCUCUGAUCCGCAAGCACCGCGCCGACUUCCUCAACGAGAACGUUGCAGGCAAGGCUUCCAGUGCCUUCGGUGCUGCUACCUCCAACGUUGGCUCGGCCGCUUCUCAAGCCACCGACAAGGCUUCUCUCGCCGCCCAGGAAGCUUUCAACGAGGCUGUUGGCACCUGGUCUGAGAGCCGCCUCAAGGCCUACCUUGAUGCUCGUGGCAUUCCCGUCCCCCAGGGCUCCAAGACUGAUGAGCUCCGCGCUCUUGUUCGCAAGAACCAGCACAAGGCUGCCUCUGGCUGGACCGCUUGGACUUUCGAUGACUUCUCCACCGAGAACCUCAAGAACUACCUCUCCUCAAGCAGCGAUGUCACUGCCAAGAAGGCCGCUGAGAAGAAGGACGCUUCCCGUGACGAGCUUUUGAGCGCUGCUCAAUCUGCCUACAGCUCUGCUUCCUCCGCUGGCGGUGCUUCUUACGCUUCCGUGACCAGCUACCUGAGCAAGGCCACUGAUUCCGCCAAGUCGAGCCUGUUCGACACCUGGAGCGAGAGUGAGCUCAAGUCCUACCUCGACAGCUAUGGUGUCAAUGUUCCUCAGACCUCCACCGUCGACGAGCUCCGUGCCUACGCCCGCAAGCAGUACACGUACUUCAAGUACGGUACCUCGACUCCUUCCGAGACUCUCUUCGCUAAGAUCGAGGAGAACUUCAAGGACACCUGGAACUGGGUUUCCAACCAGAUUGGCCUCGGCGCUGAUGCCGCCCAGAAGAAGGCCGAUGAGGCCAAGGAGAAGGCCAAGCAGGAGUUGUAA